AUGGUGAGAAGCCUCCCGUCGGGCUCAUCUCAGCCCCCUGUCGCCCUCAUUUUCAGCUUCCCGUCGCCCACAUUUCAGCUUCCCGUCGCCCCCAUUUCGCGUCCCGUCGCCCUCGUAUCCCAUAUUUCGAGUCGCCCACACUUCCCGAGUCCGGUCGCCCUCAAUUCCCUUCCCGAGAACCCACAUUACCGGACCCGUCGCCCACAAAUCCCUUCCCGUCGCCCCAUUUCCCUUCCCGUCGCACUCACUUCCCUUGCCGUCGCCCUCGUUUCCCUUCCCGUCGCCCUCAUUGCCGAUCCCGUCGCACUAAUUUCCCUUACCGUCGCACUCAUUUCCCACCCCGUCGCCCUCGUGUCCCUUCCCGUCGCACUAAUUUCCCUUCCCGUCGCACUCAUUUCCCUCCCCGUCGCCCACAUUUCCCUUCCCGUCGCCCUCGUUUCCCCUCUCGUCGCCCUCAUUUCCCCUCUCGUCGCCCACAUUUCCCUUCCCGUCGCCCUCAUUUCCCCUCUCAUCGCCCACAUUUCCCUUCCCGUCGCCCUCAUUUCCCCUCUCGUCGCCCUCGUUUCCCUCCCCGUCGCCCACAUUUCGCUACCUGUCGCUCACAAUUCCCUUCAUCCUCCCUUCCUCUCAUCCGCCCUUCCUCUCGUCCGCCCUUCUCUCACAUCCUCUCUCCCUCUCUCCUCCCCUCCUAUCGUCCUCAUUUCCACUCGUCCUCCCUACCCUUCUUUCGCCACACGCCCUCAUCCGCCCUCCCCCUCAUCCGCCCUCCCCCUCGUCCGCCCUCCCUCUCAUCCACCCUUCUUCUCGUCCUCCCUCCCCCUCAUCCGCCCUCCCCCUCAACCGCCCUUCAUCUCAUCCUCCCUUCUCUCAUCCAACCUUCCUCUCAUCCCCCCUUCCUCUCAUCCUCCUUUCCUCUCAUCCUCCUUUCCUCUCAUCCGCCCUUCCUCUCAUCCGCCCUUCCUCUCAUCCGCCCUUCACGCUCUCAUCCUCUCUCCUUCUCAUUGUCUCUCCCUCUCAUCCUCCUUACCCUCGUCCACCCUUCUUCUCGUCCUCCCUCCCCCUCAUCCGCCCCCCCCCUCAACCGCCCUUCAUCUCAUCCUCCCUUCUCUCAUCCAACCUUCCUCUCAUCCCCCCUUCCUCUCAUCCUCCUUUCCUCUCAUCCUCCUUUCAUCUCAUCCGCCCUUCCUCUCAUCCGCCCUUCCUCUCAUCCGCCCUUCACGCUCUCAUCCUCUCUCCUUCUCAUCGUCUCUCCCUCUCAUCCUCCUUACCCUCGUCCACCCUUCUUCGCGUCCUCCCUCCCCCUCAUCCGCCCUCCCCCUCAUCCGCCCUUCAUCUCAUCCUCCAUUCCCCUCAUCCGCCCUUCAUCUCAUCCUCCCUUCCCCACAUCCGCCCUUCAUCUCAUCCUCUGUUCCCCUCGUCCUCCCCUCCUCUUAUCCUCCUUUCCUCUCAUCCGCCCUUCACGCUCUCAUCCUCACUCCUCCUCAUCGUCUCUCCCUCUCAUCCUCCUUUCUCUCAUCCACCCUUCUUCAGAUCCUCCCUCCAUCUCAUCCGCCACCCCCCUCAUCCGCCCUUCAUCUCAUCCCCCCUUCCCCACAACCGCCCUUCAUCUCAUCCUCUGUUCCCCUCGUCCUCCCUUCCUCUCAUCCCCCCCUCCUCUCAUCCUCCUUUCCUCUCAUCCACCCUUCCUGUCACGGGAGAUCCGCAAGGGCAAGGGCAAGCAGCGUUGGACAUCAGCCAAGUCACCAUCAGCCCCAUUCAUCACUGCACCUACACGUGUUCACUUGCAACUCUAAGCGUGUGCUUGCCUCGCAAUAA